UUGUAUUAUAUCUUUUAUGAUUUUGAUCUCAAAAUCUUCGUAAAUUUCCGAAACUAUCCACAGGGAACCCAAAUCAUAAAUGCUGACAAGUUGUAAUGCAGAAAUGCAAUGUGGCCAUUGCUCUGUGAAGACAUGAAAUCGCCGUCGUAUUUCUCCGCGAUUUUUGCCCGAUAAGCACAAACUCUUUGAACCUACAACCAGCAGCCAUGGAACCCCGAAUUGACCCUUUUCGAUCGCUCAUUCUUUCGAUUGCAAACGAUUGCACGGAUGAAGACGUAACGAACAUGAAGUUUUUGUGCGUUGACACUCUUCCCGAAGGACACCUAGAGUCGGUUGCCACUGCAAGGGACCUUUUCACCGAACUUAUGCACAAUUGUUAUUUAAGUAAGGAUAAGAGAGACUGUCUAGCUUCGCUUUUAUAUCACAUUGGAAGGCACGACCUACGAAACCGCCUACUUGGCAAGCAAGAAACUACUUUAACCUUGGCAUUUCAACACUGGGGAGGUCUUCCAGCAAAAGUUCCCAACUUUGUUGGCAGAGAAUCUGAGUGCCAGGCCGUUUUCACAAAGUUGACCACUGGCCCUUGUCAAAUUGUCACCAUCACUGGUCCGCCCGGAUUUGGAAAAUCUUGUGUAGCAAUUCAUGUUGCCCAUGAGCUAUUCUCUCUAGGGAUUUGUGUCUACUACCUCUCACUGCGGAACUGUAGCUCUUUGUCUUGCAUGGCUAACCAGCUUCUAGGAGCUCUAGGCAUUAUAGCCAGUCCAAAGCCAGUGGAACAAGCCAUGCAUUGUGUCAUGGAACUAACAAAGGACACUGUGAUUGUCCUGGAUAAUGCUGAAGACAUGCUUGUAGAAGAAGUCAGAGACCCAUUCUGUAAUUAUGUAGAAACAAUUGCUGUAAGAGCAAUGCAUGUUAGACUCUUGGUGACAUCAAGACUUUGCAUGAUGUUCUUCACAGUGGAGUCAUUCUCAUUAGUGUUAACAGCAUUGGAGCCAGAGCAUGCUAAGACUCUUCUACAGAAAAGUGAUCCUAACUGCCUAGAAAGUCGUGAUGCUGAUUUACUGGUUGAAUACUGCGGUGGAGUACCUCUUGUUCUACGCACAACAGCUGCACUUCUGGCAAAAUCGAUCAAUCCCAAAGCUCUAAUUAUGGAAUUUCAGAAGAGUCCAGUAACAGCUCUGAAGAACUUCAAUCUUAUGACACUCUCCUCUGACCAUCAGAUUUUCCAAUGCCUGAACAUAAGCUUUUGUCGCUUGAGUCCUGAGCUCCAGAUAGACUUGAUUUCGCUUUCUCUUUAUCCAACCACAUUUGUUGCUGCUGAUGUGUAUUAUCUUCUAACAGAUCACUCCGAGUUGACAACCCAGCUCCACCUACAAGACCUUGUAGACAACUCUCUUCUCCAGUUUGACCCAGUUUCAAAACAAUACGCCAUGCAUGGAGUUAUUCAAGCAUUUUGCAUGGAUAAAGCCAGAAGCAAAGAUUUCGAACUCAGCUACCAGCAUGCAAAGAAGGUGUUCAACCUUCACUACCUGGAUCUGCUGAAGGAGCUCUAUAACAUUUAUCAUACUAAGGAUUCAAGUGUUGCUGGCAAAAAGUUUCUCAUUAACCGACGUAACAUCCGACAAGCCAUGCAAGAUGCUGUCCACGAUCCUGAACUCGAGGAAGCAUGCAUCGACUUUGCCAACGAGGUUUCACCUUUUCUCGCUAAAGCUUUCCGAAAAGAGAAGUUCCUAGCUGUCUACGGUGUCUACAGAGAAAAGUGCAAAGAGAGAGGUGACCUGAAGAGGUACAGCGACUGUUUGACGUCGGAGGCGUACUGUAUCUUGUCCUAUUGCGCUUGUUACAUGCCUUGCCCGCCUGCUGUGAAGAAGUUUAAGAAAGCUAACGAGAUUCAAACGGAACUUGGGGACGAGUCCAGCUCUAUUCGCGCGCUUUGUCUCAGUAAGCUUGGAAAGUGCUUCGCUCAAGUACAGGAGCUGGAUAAAGGGGUGAUGAUGAUCAAAAAGGCGAUUGCUAUCCGUGAAACGCAGGGUGAUGAGAUCUUUCUUGCCGUGGCGUACAAGGAUCUGGCAGCCGCAUAUUCAUUCAACAACCAGCACAACACUGCCAACACCCUGCGUCAUGAGAAGGUCCUCCCCGUAUAUCUUCGUCACCUAGGCGACCACCCCUACACAGCCACCCUCAUGGACGACAUGGGCACUGCUUACACUGCACUUGGCGAUUACGUCAAUGCGCACGGCUGCUUGCAAGAAGCUUUGCGCAUGCGCAUCAAGGCCUUGGGUGACCACCAUGAGACAGCAAGGUCAUACCAUGACCUUGGGGUUGUGUUGGUUGCGAGGUGUAGAUAUAACGAGGCGCUGGCUGCGUUUAGAGAGGCGCUCAGGAUACAGGAGAAGGUUCUAGGGGCACACCAGGAAACUGUGAGGUCGCACCACGAAAUUGCACGUGUGCUAAACAUUCUGGGACGCGAUGGCGAGGCUCUUGCCGAAGACAAGAGAGCUGCUGAAGCCGAGGAACAGGCAGAAGAAUUCUGUGACCAUUCCGAGUCUAAUGCUUAUAAGGGAUAGACAGACUUGCAAAAACCAGUUUGACAGGUAUGAGAAACAGGUUAGACAGGACAAAAACAGGCCAGUCACGUGAUAAUCAUGGUCCGUGGUUAUUCACGUUUGAGUGAAAUGGACAAUAUGCAUGCAAUAGAAAAGGGUACCCACACAUAAGAAGUUACACUAAGGAAAAAGACAUGGCCGGCAUUCCUGGUUGAGAUAUAAUAGUAAAUAUUUUGAUAGUAUUUAGUAGGGAUGAAAAUAUAAAAUCUAAUUAAGAUUUAAAUUCUUAUCUUUUCCCAUAAGCAAGACGUUAAACUAUAAUAGUCUCGGUAAUAUAUCAUUCCUACAAGUGAAAUCCAUUUUAUAAAUCUUAUAAAGUUAUUUGCGUAAACAACUAAGAAUAAUUCACAAGUCAUACAUUGAAAGUUUUAUAGAUUCAUGAUAAAAUUUGAUAAAAUGAACAGCUAAACCUACCUUUUCAAAGGGACUCGAAAGAGCUGUCUUCUUGUAUUCGUGUUCUCCAAAGAUUUCGAACCGGUCACCCUGGCCGUUUUAAAGGGUUAAUGUGCAAAAAAAAAAAAAAAAAAAAUGCGAUAUGAUCAUGUGCGUACACAGGGGGGUACGCAUACUUAUUAAGGAAUCUUCAAAUACUAUGGUUUUUUCAUAUGAUACCUAUGACUGCGCACCCCCCUCCCCUGCCAAUCCUGGGUACGUGUCUGAUUAUAAACUUUCAAUAACUACUGCACAUGUAGAAGUGGCGUGAAUGUUUUUUUACAUGGACCCAAAAUUCUCCCCUCUUCCACAGUUAGCGACAACUUCAUUAAUCAUCACUGGGAGCGAACAACACAGGUAGCCCAUCACUAGAAGACCACAACACAGGUAGCCCAUCACUAGGAGCGCACGACACAGGUAGCCCAUUACUAGGAGCGCACAACACAUAUAGACCAUUACUAGGAGCGCACAACACAGAUAACCCAUUACUAGGAGCGCACAACACAGGUAACCCAUUACUAGGAGGGCACAAUACAGAUAGCCCAUUACUAGGAGCGCACAACUGGAACAUAACAUUGUCUUGACUUGGUCUUGACUGAACCUGUUCACAGACGGGCAAAUUCAACACAGGUAGCCCAUGUUCGCGGUGAGUAUAGGAGAUCAAAGAGAGUUUGUAUGAGUAUUGUUUUGUACUCAGACUGGUGCGUUACUGUAGCGCCAUUAAGUUUGUCUGAUGUGUUUUAAAGACACAGUCACCCUUUAUGCUGAUUCUUUUAUCAUCAAUUGUGAAGUCGUGAUUAUCUGAGCAAUAAACUAUGUAGUAAAUAUCAACAAUCGAAUUUGUACCAGUUUUCCGAACUCAAUCUUGUAGAUGUCGACAUAUUCAAUCUUUAUCUUUAAUUAUGGUAAAGUGAAGAAAGAACUGAAAUAAACGAGCAAUUUUUAAUA